UAGGCUAAAGAUGUACCAGCGAUGAUAUUUAGAAAGCAAGGCAGGAGGAGAGAACUAAAUGUUGUAAAAGACGAAAUGGGAAUAAAUAUAGCCUCGAGAUCACCGCAUUGGCGUGUCUGUUCCCCUUGUCUUCCUCUUCCAAGCGGCUUCACCCCUUUCCUCUGGCCACCGUCUUCGCUUUCCAGGCAGGAGAGGGGCGAGUGCGGGGGCGCGCCGUGCCGUGUGGUGUACGACGAGGCAUUCCUCCGAGAGGCCGACGCCGUAGUGAUCAGGCCGACCGUGCGUCGCCUGCCGCGCGCCAGGUCGCCGAGCCAGCUCUGGGUGCUGUUCUCCGUGGAGGCGCCGACAC